AUGUCAGCUACGGAAUGCAACCUCACCCUGCUGGCUACAGCUGAGAACAAGUUCAUUACAAUCAUUUACGUCAUGAGUCCCGAUACUGUGGUGAUAGCUCCCCUACACGACGUCUAUUGA